AUGCACGCAUACAUCGGCGAAUUAGCGCCUAGUAAUAAGCCCUCGCCGACCCAAGAGCGCGGUGACUUCGAAAACGGCGAACAUGUGGACGGAGGAACCGGGCACCGUACGCGAGUGGCAUGGAGUGAUGACGAGGUAGGUGGCUCGAGUGUGCCCACGCUCGUGUCGGGCGAGAGCGUGCCAAUAGGAGUGGAAAAGACGGGGCAAGACGAGACGAUAGGGGAUGAGCACGGGAAUUCUGACCAAUCCCGAGCUUGGACAGGCGGCCUCGGGCCCCCAACUACUGCGCCUAUUUGUGGGAACCGUACUGAUCGGCGUUCGCACGCGGCCGCAGUGGCUGAAUCCUUCCUUGACGGAGAUAGUCAGUAUCCAGUGGCUACAGAACGGGGUGCACAGGGGAAAGGACCGCGGGUCGGGUCCUCUCCUAUCGCGGGAGCUUUUUCCUGUGACGUUGUGGCUCGAUCUCGAAAUCUUGGGUCGGCGCAUGAGCCUCACUUGUUGGUGUCUGCGGGCUCGGGACCGGUGAGAGCUGCAACAGAGCAGGGAAGGGCCGACACGGUAGACGGGCAGGGUCCGGGACUUUUCGCUGACUCCAAAGAGGAUGGGAGUCAGCGCUCAUCUGCUGACCACACCCGGGUGCUGGUGCGGGCGGCUACGAGAGUGUGGACCGACAGAUCAGACGAUGAUCUCCGUUCGAUGAUUCCGCUUGAAGAGGAGGCUCUAGCGGCAUGGAUGAUGGGGGCUAUCAUGAUCCAGUCUCCGCCUGGAUUUUUGGUGUGCACGCACCCGAGGGCUACGCGAGUUGUAAUGCUUGAUUUUUUCGAAGAGUACCUGGAAGGGAAGGUCAUUACGAUUGUCCCUCCGUACGUGCGCAUGCCUCAGUACAUCGCCGAGAAAACGAUGCUACUCCAGCUCUUGGAACGCAGUGAGGGGCAGACGGAGUCCGAUGUCAUGAGUCGGGAAUUGGUCAAGGGCGCCAAGCGGACCGGUUACGAUGCCGAAACGAGGCGACUGACUUUCAUUAUGCCGGAUCAAGCGGCAGCAGCAAGCUGGCAUGCAAAGAUGAUUUUGUUUCGCGGAAAGCGUCUUAAGCUGUUGUGCCCGGCCACUAUGGAGCGCGAAGACAUUACUGCUCCUUCGCUAUUAGCCACGUCAAGCGGUAGACACCAAUUGCAAUACCAAGUCCGGAUUUUGGUCAAUGGAGUGGCGGCAAGCACGGUUCAAGCUAUAUUGGCGUCUAGUGUGGCUUGUACGGUCACAUCCGUGUCUUGUGGGUGCCCACUCGGCUCGGAGGCAUAUGAUUCCAACUUUUUCGUGGCAACUUUUGACAUGGUGUCAUGUCCCGAGCAACUCAAGCUGGUCACGCACAUCGCAACAUCCGAAACGGAGAUCUUUCUCCACCAUUUUCGUCACUUUCAACGCGUUCCCUGUUUUUCCUGCUAUUCGCCAUAUCACUCGAGUGCUAAGUGUGGUGGACGCAAAGGCGCUUUUCAAAUUCAGCAUCACCGAGAAUUUACUGGUAUUCCAAUAGCUCCUCCUCACGUCAGUGGGUUGACUUUUUACCACUUGGACGUUGCCGGUCGCCUGCAGCAUGUCUCUGGACUGGCGGAUACUUUGGUGGCAACCACGGCGAAGUUAAAGGCUGAUGGCAACAAGGCCCCACUGUUAAGUGAGGUCUCGCAGGUACCUCCUUGUGCUGGGCAGUCGUCAGUUCCGAACACGUCUCCGCUUGCCGGUGGACAGGCCGUUCGGGGCGGGGCUACUCGCGUCAGUAGUCCAAUGACGAACGAGUGGUUCGAUCCUGGAGCGAACAAGAAAAAGAGGGAUGUGCGCCCCGCAGAUGUUCCGGCUAGUCGGGCAACAGGACCUGCUGUGAAGCUACCCAAGCAUCCGCAGUUCAACAAAGAUGGAGGUGCAAGAAAGUCACCACUCCCGAAGUCGAAGGCUGUUUUCCAAACUAUUUUCACGAACACGGUCGCUGACAAAAAGAAACCACCUCAACAGACUAAGGCAACUGUUCGUCAAAAAGGGCAAUCGAACACGGUCCAUUCUUCGCCACCGCCCUCCGCUUCUUCGAAGGCGGACACCCAGCGCACGCUGGCGAUUCGGGAACUGGACCACAUAUUGAGUGGUGCUCAUGAGGAAGUUGCAGAACCUGCACCGAUUGAUCCGGGGGUCGAUUCGGCGCUGCCUUCGACGAAUUUAAAAGAGGCGACUCUUGAGGCCGUUCGAUCGCAAGUAGCAACCGCACAAAAAACGGUCGAGGAACUUAAUUUAGCAGCCGAAGAGAAGCAGCGCGCGGCAGACACCACGAAAUCAUGCCACUUUGCGGCUCACGCUCAGGCACUCGAAGUGGCUAUUGCUACUGAGAAAACGAGUAAUAGAGAACCUACUUCUCCUGAAGAAGUCAGUGAGGAAUUGCUGAGGAUGGAGUACGAAUACCGCACCGCAGGUGCGACGGCGAACCGAGCGAAUGCGGAUGCAACGAUAGCAGCGAAAACCCUCGAAACACUGACACGUCGGUUGGCAAAGAUUACACCGAAACCGAAGCCUGUGACCGAAGAUACGGCCCCGCAAGAUGAUACACCACCUCGCGAGAUGUCUACGGAGAUGGCAGCAAGAAGUAGAGAGCGGAGUCGGUCCAUGAUACAACGCUUGUUGGCUUCGUAUGUGCGCCGCAAACGGGGUGUACCAAGUGAGCCGAUCGAUAAACCUCUUGGUACGGUACCUACCGCGAAGGCGCCUCGUGAUCCGGGUCCACCGGAUCUACCGCCGAUGUGCCCCCCAGAAUCGGACGGGCAGCGUCCCCAAGAUCUCGAUGUUACUAUGGCGGAGAGCACGGUUACGUUCGGGAACACUAUGUGCUUGAAUGAUUUAAAUGGAGGGGCAGUUACUCCGCCUCCCUGUGCCGCUAGUGUACCUAUUCCAGCGGAUCUAGCCAAGGCAAUUGAGGAAGAGCUUAAGGCCUCGUCUGGAGUUAUCGACGUUUCCGACACGGGUGCCUCUAGUUUAUUAACACGUCCUACCGCUAGCAUGGGUGGUCUCUGUACGCAGGUAGCGGUCCGGUCCCCGAUGGAACAAUGUCGCGCUCCCGAUCCUCACGAUCAGACUUUACGCGCAACAAGGAUUCGCAAAAUUCCAGAUAGCGCAUCUGCUGCGGUGGCGGCUGCUGCAGUGCCGGAGAGCAUGAAACAAAUUUCAUUGAACACAGCGGCGAUUCGCAAAUGGGUUAGCCUGCACAAAGCGAUGGCUGCACUACCGACUACAAUGCCAGUUGGACCUAAGGGACAAAUGGCCUAUAUAAACGCGUGCUCCUUGGACUUGGCGGGACUCGUCUGUGGACUACCUUAUCCUGUUGCUUACCUUGCCUCGAUGUCGGGUGAAACCCUACGGUCUUUUGGACAUUCCAUCAACAGUGAAUCUCAACUGGCUGUAAUUCGGCGACACACCACACACGCAGAUGAAGAACUUCGCGAGCUGUGCAAGGGUUGGGCCGCCACGGCAGACGCGCAAACCGGUCAUAUUCGAUGGAGAACGACGGACAAUAUACAACGCUGGAGACGCUUUAGUAAGCUACAGCCCGAUUUGCUGUGCGCGACUGUCGUCGAACCGCUUUCUGACUUGGAUCAGUGGGGAGUCCUCAAUGUUCUGUGUUUAUUGCUCCCGAAGCUCGCACCUAUUGAGGUUAAGACGAACGUGGUAAUGCCGCAAACCAAGGCUGUACUAUAUCACCUCUCCAAAGAGGUGCGCGCGGCGGUGAUUAGCAUUAUAUGCACACCUGCCAACUGGCAGCCGGCCCUUGACCUUAUCGCUAAAGAUGGUCAACUGCUAGUGCUGAGGGCGUCUCGGCUGAGCUAG